AUGACGGUGGACGAGGCGCAUCGACGACGGGCGCUGGCGAGCCUGUUGAUGCGCGCGGGCGAGCGCGUGGCGCGAGAGUGGGGGUUUAACGUCGCGCUGUUGCACGUGUACGAAGAAAAUCGAGGCGCGGUGCGGGCGUACGAGAAGGCGGGAUACGAGACGAUUCGCGCGCCGUUUCGGACGCCGUACGACGUCUUGCGGGGACGAACCAAACUUCUCAUGGCCAAGCGAAUCUGA